CUGGAAUAAUUUAUAAAAUACAUAAAUGAUUUUUUUUUUUAAAUAAUAAACUCACACUAUAUCACAGAUAUAUAUUUAUAUAAAAAAGGAAAUAUUGGGAUUGAAAUUUAUUAAUUUGAAUUAGCUCGAAUGGGUCAGGUCGAUGCAUGAUGAUCGGGUUCGCGUAACAUUACAGAUAGUUUGUUUCACUUUCGGUUUACCAACCACGUAAGAUAGUAUAUAAUGAUAGACAGAUAGUAAUCAUAGUAGUGUAUAGUGUAACCGUGACGGGAUUCAUUGUAGUUUGAUGAUGAAUUUUCGGUAGUUAAAAAAUUUCCGUCUGUCGGUGUAUUACACGUGAUAUUUUCUACAUCUAUUUGUAUAAUUUCAUCACUGGCGAGCUACGAUUAGUAACGAUAAGCUUUAGUUUGGGCCUAGUUUCUGUACCAGCCGCACCGUACCCUGGAGCAUAGAGAACAUAUACUGAUAUGUACAGUAAUUGUUUAUUUGCAUUCACUCCACUUGAAGAACUGCAGUACUGCAAAAAGAAAAAGAAAAUUUGUGGAACUACAUUGUGAAUUAUGGAGGGACGGGACCUAUUGGCUGGGGCAGCAAGAGCUGCGACCUAUAACAUGGCUCUGCAGCUAUGCAUUCGGGUCAUGACAUUUCUACUUAAUGGAGUGGUACUUAGAUACAUCUCUAGAGAAAUGCUGGGAGUAGUCAAUGUCAGAUUGACACUGCUGUAUACCACAACACUAUUCAUAGCAACAGAAUCGUUUGACCAAGCCUGUCUUAGUAAGAUUGACCGCAAGGACUGGCGGCAGGUUGUUAACCAGAUGUGGUUAACCUUUCCUAUGAGUAUUUUGGUAUGUGGUUUGUUUGGGUGUAUUUGGAUGUUUGUCUUGGAGAGACCAGAUUCGGAGAGCAUUCCAUACUACGGUGUUGGAGUAGUGUGUUUUUGUUUGAACACGGUCAUCACGACACUAGCCAGGCCCCACUUCAUUGUAGGCCAAUGUCACCUGUUUAGCAGACUCAGGGUUGCUUCCGUUGCGCUGUCUGAGUUUGUGAGAUGUGUUGUAGCUGCAUUCCUAGUCAUUUAUUUCCCACAGUGGGGUCUGAUUGGCUUCUCUAUAGCUCAGGUGUCGUGCGCUGUAACCUAUUCAGUCAUAUACUAUGCUACAUUUUACCUGAUGAUCAAGACAGAAGACACAGAUAGCUCAUUUGUUUUUCAGUCAGUCAGGGAUUUCUUCCCUAAAAUUUUGCCAAACAAAUCUUUUGUUGAUUGGCGUUUAGCAUCAUUAACAGGAAGUUUCUUUAAGCAGUCCAUCUUCAAACAAUUACUAACGGAAGGUGAGAAGUACAUCAUGACAGUGUUUGGGGUCCUGAACUUUGGAGACCAAGGAGUGUAUGAUGUGAUUAACAAUUUGGGUUCCAUGGCUCCCCGAUUUGUUUUUCUCCCAAUAGAAGAGAGCGGUCGCCUCUUCUUUUCCUGCUCAUUUACCCGAGGCCGGAGCCUACAGCAGCAGAGCAAAGACUCGAUAGAUUUAGUGACCAGUGUCCUCCAGCACCUCCUGAAGACUGUAACUCUAAUUGGCUGUAUAAUAUUUGUGUUUGGUCAGUCUUAUGCUUUCUUGGCAUUAGAUCUUUACGGAGGCUCACUGCUUUCAUCUGGGGCUGGUCCCCUGUUACUGAGAUGGUACUGUCUCUAUGUUUUGGUGCUAGCAGUGAAUGGGAUAACAGAGUGCUUCUAUUUUGCCAUCAUGAGUAAAGAGGAAAUUGACAGAUACAACCACAAGAUGUUAAUUUUCUCAGCGAUUCUGUUGGUUUCCUCACUGUUUCUCACCCAUCUGUUUGGAAGUGUGGGUUUUGUACUGGCAAACUGCAUCAACAUGGCUUUUCGGAUACUUCAUAGCAUUUAUUUCAUUCGUAACUACUAUAAGGGCAGCGGCUAUCGACCUCUACAGGGCUUCCUACUUUCCUAUUCAGUCCUGGGGGCACUCGUUACCGCAUACUGUACAACAAGGCUCUCUGAAGUGUACUUUUGCUGUGGGUACGGGAAUCUCUACAGACUGGCGCACAUCUCCGUCGGAGGACUGUGUUUGUUGUGUGUUCUGGUGACUAUAGCCUUCAGUGAAAGAGAAUUAAUACAUUUUGUGAGGACACAGCUCUGGGGACGCAAAAUUGGAAAGACUGCAUAAAAAGAUGGUGCAAGUUUGUCUUCUCUCACAAAUGAGUACACAUGUACUAUAUUAGUCAAUUUGAUUCCCCAGGAUUAUAUCCAUGCUGUUUAAGAAAAGAAAAUCUUGAACAGACAAAUGGAUGGAGAGGGGAGGUAAUACAUACAAGAAGGCAUACAUACACUGUACAUGUGGGGAAAUAAAAACUUCAACUGAUGGUGGUCUCACCAAAAGGAUUAUACUUUUCAGUUUCAUCUACAUUGUAUGAUAAUUUUAUCUGAAUUAUGGUGAUUGAAUUAUAAAUACAGCUAUUAAAAAUAAAAUGGUGGAAAUUGUU